AUGCCUUUUCGACUUCCCAUUGAUUGCAUUGACGAUAUUUUUGAAAAUUUAGACAAAAGAUCCUUACAUUCAUGUUUACUAGUUAGUAGAUUUUGGUCUGAAGUCUCUGUUAGAAUUUUAUGGAGGGAUUUUUUGAAUUAUUAUCCUAAAUUUAGAUUUUCAUCACGAUACCUUAGUAUCUUAGUGGCGUGCCUUCCUAAAGAGUCGAAGGACCUUUUACAUGAGAAAAAUAUUCUUAUCCCAACUCCAACAUCAAAACCGCCACGUUUUAAUUAUUUAUCAUACUGUAAGAUUCUCUCCAUUAAAAGUCUCGAUCAAUUACUCAUUGAUGUUCUCUCAAGUCCAUCACAAGGUACCUUACAACAAGAACAAGACUUGAUCAACAAUAUUCGGCUAGUAUCGCAAGAGAUAUUGAAAGAGUUCUUUAAACAAACUUUUCAUAUAAAGGAAUUGACGUAUUGCGGGUCUUCAAUGGGUGGGGAAAAAUACAUUUCCAAUAUUGCAUUUCCCGAAGCCAUGGAUCGUUUAACGGACCUUUCAAUAUUAUCCUGUAAUUCAGGAAUUCCCUCGGAAUUCUUUUAUCAGUUAACCCAAGUGUGUUCAACUAUACAAUCACUUGAGAUAUCACUUGAUAAAUCGAUUUCGGGUGGUUUAAAAGAGUUAAUUAUUGCGCAAAGGAAUUUAAAAAGUUUCACGAUAAGAAAUAAUACCGAAGCCAAUGUCGAAAUUCUUAUACCUUCCUUGGCAAAGCAUUCAAACACCAUCAUCAAAUUAAAUAUUUACGAAGUCUAUGUCAGUUAUCCAAUGUCAUCUAUUGCGGCAUUUACCAACUUGCAAGAACUCACCGUUUUACGUAUCGGCACACCCACGGUAUUACCAGAUGUCACAUAUCCACGAUUACAAAGCUUAAACUUGGAUGGUUGCAAUUUACCAUCAACUAAAUUCUUGGAAAAUAAUGGGAAGAAUUUACAAUUCUUACAUACCUACGAAUCUGAUGAGUCUUUAAUUUUAGCAAUAGCUAGAUUUUGUCCAAAUCUUAGAUCAAUAUAUGCCAGAUUUAGGAGCAACCCCACCGGAUUAGAAUCUUUGAAAACUCUUUUGAUCAAUUGCCAACAAUUGGAAGAAAUUAUAGUCUAUUGCGGUGGUGAUUACUUAAAUGAAGACGAUUUAUUAGAUUACUUUGCAUCUUAUUCGUCUAAAAAUGUUUAUCGGUUACACGUACGUUAUGAAGGUGAAUUGAGAUCAGAAUUGUCUCCGGCCGUAUUAGAGAGAUUUUUUACAACUUGGACGAAUCGUAUGCCACAAAAGUCACUUUCUCUCAUUACUGAAAGGUUUCAUUGCUCACAUAAGCGUACUAUGGUGAUUAAACGUGACACUUUACAAGUAUUCAUGAAAUACAGUAAGUUAGGUGUAAUCGACGUACAUAGGAGUUUAUGA